AUGGAGCUGAAGGUGUGGGUGGAGGGCGUGGUCAGAGUGGUGUGCGGCCUAUCAGAGAACACUUCCUGCCAGGAUGUGGUCAUAGCUCUCGCACAAGCAAUCGGUCAGACCGGUCGUUAUAUUCUUAUCUUGAAGUUUCGAGGCACAGAGAGACAGCUUGUUGCUGAUGAAUGUCCUCUUCAGCAUCUGGCUCAGCUGGGACAGCUGGGUGCAAAGGUCCAGUUCAUUCUGCGGAGGACCGGCCCCAGCCUCACUGAUGGUCAAGAAACAGCCACCAGAGAGAGACGUUUUCCCCAGCCCGGACCGUCAGAACCAGAGUCGCUCAAAGGCAGAGAGCCACACAAGGCUCUCACCUUCAGCCUGGGACCUUCCACACAUCCCAAGAGGACUAAACCAAACAGGGGCUGGUCUCCGUCUCCCCGAGCCUCCCCAGAACCCAGAGCGUCCCCCGUCUCUUUCCUGGACCCUGUCCACUCCGUGAAGGCAAUCCUCUCUUCCUCCGCCAAAGAAGAGGUUUUUAGGCAGAUUCUGCAGCAACAGAGGAGGCAGGAAGACCUGGACGUUCAGCUUCAAGCCCUGGAGAGAGACACAGAGGUGUGGGAGCAUGAGAGGUCGUCUGCCUCAGUAUCUAGUCUUGUCCCUGAAGGAGAACUGGAGGAGCUGGAGCAGCGGCUGGAGCAGCGGCUGGAGCAGCGGCUGGAGCAGAACGAGGCAGACCUUAUGCACAGCGAGCAGUGGGAGGAACAGUUACAGGCAGAGAUGGACAGAGAAGAAGAUCUGCACAGACGUCUGCACCAGAUUCACGCAUCACUGGAUGAUGACAGUUAUCGGAUCAAGGAGCUCCAAUCCCGCUCCGCACAUCUAGAACAUGACAUGCAGCUCAGAGCCCAGAGCCGAAGCUCUCGGGCGGGAACUCGGCAGCCAGACGAGGCCCUGAGGCCUCUGAAGCAGGAGCUCCACUACCGCCUGCAGCAGGGAGAAGAACUGGAUACAACAUUGUCCGAUACACUGAGGGAUCUGCAAACUACAGGGGGAAGGCUGCAGGGCAGAUGGGAGAUGAUGGAGGAGCUGAAUAAGGAACUGAGACAGUGUGAGCUGCAGCAGUUCAUCCAGCAGACGGGCAGUCCACACGCAGACCAGACGUCCUCGCUGCCUGUCCCUGAAGUUUACCUCAGCAACGCUGGUAUAAUGGAGGAGCAGUUCCCUGUUCCACAUGGGAUUGUUUAAAGGGAUUAUACCAGUUGUAGAAGACGUUUAUAGAUCCUUUAAGUAAAGUGCUGUGUGUACUGAAAAAGUCCUGCUUUCUUGUUUUUAGUAAAUGUACACAGGUGUCAAAGGAAAAAGACUGUGAAGAAGAGUUGAGUUUAGUUCCACUGCCAGGUGAACAAAUCCUUCCAGUUUUGGGGAUUUUCAUCCUUUCAGAUCCGAUAAUGAAGUAAUAUGAAAUAAAGGAAGGAAGAGCUACAAGCUUAAAUAAACUGAAAAAAAUGAAUAAUUAAACUGCACGACAUCAUGAAGGCCCGUCCAGACCCUACUUUGUGUGUAUGUGUGUGUGUGUGUGUGUGUGUGUGUGUGUGUGUGUGUGUGUG